AUUCACAGCUCCAACAAUUCAUUUCAUUUAAAACCCCACAAAUUUUUCUUUUUUUGAUUUUAACCCAUCGAUCCUUUUCUUUCUUUCCUUUUUCCCUCUUCUCAAAGCAGUUUUGUUUUUAAUCUACGCAUGCUAUGUAGACGUCACCACUAUUAGAUAAUUUCCUUGUGUUUUUUUAUAUGACUUUUCUAGUGUAAUUUGCUAAUCCAAAAGAUCUGCUAAUGAGGUUUAUCCACACAGAUUAAGCUACUAUAAGUGUGGUACAAUUUAUUGGAAGAAAUUCUAGCGUAAAAGGAAGAAGAAUUGGUGAUGGGUGAAGGCUCUCCUCAUCUCUCUUUGAAGCUGUUCAUCAAAUUUGUUCUGCUCUUGCUUCUCCCUCUAUGUUACUGUGCCACAAACCAGCCAGACAUUGAAGGUGAGGCAUUAAUCGAUAUUCUAGAAGCUCUCAACGAUUCGGGCCAUAGAAUUCGAGAUUGGGAUAGACAUUUUGUGAGCCCUUGUUUCAGUUGGUCUCAUGUCACCUGCAGAAACGGAAGUGUAGUAACUCUGAGUUUGCCUUCUAAUGGAUUCACAGGGAUUCUCUCACCAUCUAUUGCAAAAUUACAAUUUCUUGUUAGCUUGGAUUUGCAGCAAAACAAUCUGUCUGGCACAUUACCUGAAUCACUUAGCAGCCUUUCACAUCUCCAGAUCUUGAAUUUAGCCGACAAUAAAUUCAACGGCUCCAUUCCAUCGUCGUGGGGUCAGUUUUCCGACCUCAAACAUCUGGUUGUGAGAGGAAACCAGUUGAGUGGAUCUUUACCAGAAUCACUAACAAACAUAACUGGCUUAUUGGAAAUAGAUGUUUCUUCCAAUGAUUUGACUGGAAUUGUUCCUCAGCAACUGUUUUCCUUACCAACCUUUAACUUUACAGCUACUCAUCUCACAUGUGGUAGUAACCUCAAACAACCUUGUGUCUCAACCUCCUCUACACCAGUUACAAAGAGAAAAUCAAAGGUUCAGGUUGUUGUGACUGCAGCAAGCAUUGCCGCAUUCUCCCUCCUCCUGCUCGGGGCCAUCGUUGGAUACCGGUCUCGUCGCAUGCCUAAGCUCAAAGACGUAUUCGUCGACGUAGAAGGACAUGAUUCGAGCGAGAUUCAGUUGGGACAGAUCAAAAGAUUCUCAGUACGCGAACUGCAGCUAGCGACCGAUAAUUUUAGCGAGAGCAACGUAAUUGGGCAAGGAGGCUACGGAAAAGUGUACAGAGGAGUGUUGACGGAUGACACUAGAGUAGCCGUGAAACGGUUGAUGGACUACCGUAGUCCAGGCGGUGAGGCUGCGUUUAUACGGGAGAUUCAACUCAUCAGCAUCGCUGUUCACAAGAAUUUGCUUCGCCUCAUCGGAUUCUGCACCACCGAGACUGAGAAAAUCCUCGUCUAUCCGUUCAUGCACAACCUCAGCGUUGCCUAUCGCCUCAGAGAGCUGAAAGCAGGGGAGAAAGGGCUAGAUUGGGGCGCUAGAAAGCGCAUAGCGUUUGGGACCGCGCACGGGCUAGAAUACCUGCACGAGCACUGCAAUCCGAAGAUCAUCCACCGUGACAUGAAGGCCGCAAACAUACUUCUUAACGAAGAUUUGGAGCCCGUGCUCGGAGAUUUCGGACUAGCCAAGCUCAUGGAUACCAAAGUGACUCAUGUCACCACCCAAAUACGCGGCACGAUGGGGCAUAUCGCGCCUGAGUAUUUAUCCACCGGGAAAUCUUCUGAGAAGACCGAUGUGUUUGGGUACGGCAUAACUCUGCUAGAGCUCGUCACCGGGCAGCGUGCUAUCGACCUCUCUCGCCUGGACGAAGAGGAGGAUGUUCUGCUUCUUGAUCAUAUAAAGAAGGUGGUGAGAGAGAAAGGGGUGGAGGGGAUAGUGGAUGAGAAGCUGAGGAGCUACAACAGGGUGGAAGCGGAGAGGAUCGUGCAAGUAGCGAUGCUGUGCACGCAGAGUAUGCCGGAAGAUCGGCCGAAGAUGGCGGAGGUGGUGAGGAUGCUGCAGGGGAUUGGGUUGGCGGAGAGAUGGGCGGAAUGGGAGCAACAUGAACAGCUUAGGAUCCAACAAAACUCACUCAUGCCUCACAACUUCAUGUGGGCUGAAGAUUCUGCUCAUGACCAACAAGCCAUACAAUUGUCACAACCCAGGUAGUUAUCCCCGUUUGCUGGGGUAGAUAACUCCUCUAUCUUGCAAGUAAAUAUAGACAGUACUAUCGCAUAUAGAAUACAUGCUAUGUAUAAGAAAAUUUUGAUUUGGUGUUUGAUGUUUAGUGUAAGGUAUCAUGUAAUGCACAAUUCACAAACAUAUCAUAUAAUGUACUACUAAUGUGUAUGCACCUAGUGAUUUUGCUUU